AAGAAAGAAAAGGAUCAUAAUGAGAUUCAUCGUCAAACGUCAAGUAAUAUGAGAACUGUUGCGGUGGUUCUCUUCUCCUUCACAAACUGGUUGCUGUGCUUUUCUCAGCUCCAUUUGGCUCUUGAUACUUUAAAGCCUGGAGAAAAGGUUACAGGCAAUGAAACCCUUGUUUCAAAUGGAGGCAAAUUCGAACUGGGUUUCUUUUCCCCUCGACAAGAUGCAAGCAAGUACUUGGGAAUAUGGUACCACGGGUUACAGCCACGAACAGUGGUAUGGGUUGCAAACGGAGACCACCCAGUUCCAGACUCCACUGCAUUUUUUCAAAUUGCAGACGAUGGAAAUCUAAUAGUAUCAGACAUCAACGGAAAAAGCUACUGGUCUUCGGGACUAAAAGUAUCUUCGUCCUUAAAUCGUACAGUGAAAGUCAUGGCUUCAGGAAACCUGGUACUGUUAGAUAACCAGGUGAGUAUAAAUAAUCUCUGGCAGAGCUUUGAACAUCCAACCGACACAUUUCUACCAUUCAUGAAAAUGAAUAAAAACAUAAAGUUGACAUCCUGGAGAAGGUUUGAUGACCCAGCAUCGGGGAAAUUCAGCUUUCAGCUUGCUCAAACAGGGGACAACAGCUAUAUCAUUUGGAAAGACCGAGUCUAACUUCAGUGGCAAACUUCUGACGCAAUGCCCUCGACAAUAUCGAACUUGCUGACCAACUUCACUUUCAGGCAGAGCCCGCAGUUGAAGAAUAACUUCUCGAGGCUGCCUAAGUUGAAUAAUAACGUCAUGAAUUAUACGAAACUGGAAGCCGCAUAUAAUCUUACGAGGCUAGUCAUGAAUUACACAGGGAAGAUCGAAUUUCAGAGGUACGAUAUUACGUUUGGAACUGGAUGGUCUGUGGGAUAUGGUGAACCAUCUGGACCGUGUAAGAUACACGACGCUUGCGGGACCUUUAGUAGCUGCAAUGAUCAGAAUCUCCCUCCUUGCAAGUGUUUGCCCGGAUUUCAUCCCAAGUCACUGCCGGAUAAUUCCUCUGGAGAACGGUUUAACGGGUGUUUCGGGAAAACAGCAUCGUGCGAAAGAAAAGACAUUGCGUUCUUAAACUUAACGAACGUUGAAAUUGGAAGCUCGGACACGCCAGUUGAUGUAGAAAGCGAAGAAGAAUGCCAAUCUAAAUGCCUCAACAAGUGCCCUCAAUGCCAGGCUUAUUCAUAUAAUACUAAAAUGUCGGAUCGGAAUCCUCCGGCUUGUUUGAUCUGGACUCGGAACUUACCCACUCUCAAAGAACAUUCCCCUCAAAGUGGCAUUUCUCUUUCUGUCCGGUUACUGAUUUCAGACAUAGCAUCAAAUGCCAGGACCUGUGAACCUUGCGGCACAACAGUAGUUCCAUAUCCACUAAGCACAGGGCCAAAUUGUGGAGAUCCUUUGUCCUUCGAGCUAAACUGUGACAAUUCAACAGGCGAGGUUAGCUUCACGAUGCCUGGACUUGGACCAAAUCGUGUGGCUAAAAUAAAUUCAGAUGAACGGAAGUUGAUUAUCCAAAUUCAAGGUCCAUACAUCUGUGAUGAUAAAGAGAACCAAAGAGUUCAGCUUGAUUCACCGUUUAGUGUAACCAACUGGUGCUUUGGUCAAGAUAAAAUUGAGGUUAGUUGGCUUGCACCAUUAGAACCUCUCUGUCAUAACUCCUCAGACUGCAACGAUUGGCCACAUUCAACCUGCAAUAGUGAUUCAAAAGAUGGAAAACGAAGGUGCAUUUGUAAUAAAAACUAUUACUGGAACAACUCAACUCUAAAUUGCACCACCAUGUCACAAGAGUCGUCUGGAAGAAAAAAACCACUCACUCUAAUUCUUGUAGUAACUAUAUUAACUGUGGCUUUCGUGGCAUGCAUGGUUGUUUUUGCCUAUCUAUGGAAAAGGAAAAUGGCCCAUAAGGAAGACAGGGGAAGAGUUCGGAGAAUCCGAGGGAUGUAUGACAGCGAAAGAGAAGUGAAAGAUUUGAUAGACUUGGAAGAACUAGAAAGAGAUAAUGAAGGCAUUGAGGUACCAUAUUAUGAUUUUGAAACUAUACUGACAGCAACGGAUAACUUUCCAGAUGCUAACAGGCUUGGGCGGGGAGGUUAUGGCCCUGUUUAUAAGGGUAUAUUGCCAGGGGAGCACUAUAUUGCAGUAAAGAGGCUUUCAAAUGUUUCGUCACAAGGUUUGAAGGAAUUCAAGAAUGAGGUUGUUUUGAUAUCCAAACUACAGCAUCGAAACCUUGUCAGACUUCGAGGCUAUUGCAUUACUAAAGAUGAUAAAAUCUUAGUUUAUGAAUACUUGCCAAACAAGAGCUUGGACACAUUUUUGUUCUGUCAGUUUUUAGAUGCAUUAAUUAAUUUUUAAUUGUGAUUGGAUAUGGGGUUGCUGUAGGGUCCAGUAAUAUUCUAUGCUCAUCUGAGGAUAGCAUUAUACUUAUCUUUAAUAUAAAACAUCUAAAUUAGAUUUACAGCAUUGAUAUUAUAUUCCCUCCACUCUUAUAUAUAAGCUUCACUUUUAAAUAAGGAUCUGGUCCAAAAUAUAAACUUCAUUUUUGAGUUUGUUUAAGUAUUUAUUACUUUUUUUUUUCCUAUUUUACCCUUAGUUGACUAUAUUUAGUACUCCUUUUCUCUCAUUAAUAUUACCUCCAUAUAUUAUCUUUCAUUAUUUUUUUCAUU